AUGGAGAAACUGGCAGACUUUUUGAAUCUUCAGAAAAAAAUCAUCAAACUAGGUGUAUUCCAUGUGGACUUGGCAGGAGUUAAAAGAAAUGCUUGCGAGGUCUUGCGUGAUGCGGUGAAGGCUGUAAAGGCCCACUUUGCGGGCACGAAAUCAACCCUAGGCGAGAUCCCAAUCCAUUUUGUGGUCCCGGUGACUGAGACCACAGGUUGUGCGAUCCAAACGGACUUCCGAAAAUAUUUCGGUAAAAAUGAAUAUCGCUUCAAUAUCUUCCUGGACAUUAUUGCAAUUGAGAAUUCGAUGGAGAUUGGCGAUAUAGGUGUACGAGUGAAGGUUCCAUCAUGGGCAAAUAUAGAGACGAAAGUGAUCUCACUAACCACUCAUGUAAAUUUCGAAGACAUUUACAAGAUGGAUUCAGUUCUUCAAGAGUAUUCGGGAUGGAUCAGGACUACCCUACAAGGGUUGCAAAUCAAUGACGUUUUUCUGCUGGAUGACACAACUGUUCAAGAAUUGUAAGU